GGACGAGGAGUCAAGAUGGCGACCGCACAGGUUGGGCUUGGCAAGAACUUUGCCAUUUCUUAGAAAAACAUCGACUCUUAUUGCCGAUUUCUUAUCUCAAAACAAACCCAAUGUGUUAUCGGAGACUUGCUUAACUCCUUUUGAAACCAAAUAGUUUAUUUAUUUGUCUUUAUAGGUACAGAAUGACGAUGCUUCCAGGCGAAAUGUCAAAGUUUUCGUCCAAAGGGAUUACUCGCGUGGAACAGCGUGUCGCUUUCAAACGAAAUUUCCCCCCGAGUUAGAAGGAAAGGUGAGAGUCGUAGAUAGAUUAGCUCCUUUCGUAAAUGAAGAAAAAUUUGGCGUUUUCGCGUCUUCCCGGCUUAAGAGAGUUUGUCUUCCGCUUUGGGAUCGUUUGAUCAAGGUUGUUUGAACCUAAGCUUUAUUUGUAAUUUUUGGUCAUAGAUUGCUUGGAAUUCGACUCAAAGAUAAAUAAAGAAAUCGACUAACGUCCUUGUAACACGUUUGCGCCAAUUCGACUGAAAUCGCUUGUUUGGAAUUACAGAGAUAUGGUAGUAACUGUGUACCUUAGGCGAAGUUUCAAUCUUGCAUGGCGUUACAUUAUAUUGUGUAAACAAAGCAGUGCUCGGAUUAUUUUCUCUGUAGUUGUGAAUGGUUAAUGUACUGUGUAGUUAUCUCUUUUAAGCAAAAGCAACAUGCUUGGGAUAGCCUCAAGUGGACAUUUGUUUUGCUUUGUUUUGUUUUCUUUUCUUAACUUAAUUUGUAAUAUUUCAAACAAUGGUUGUCUUUACACUAGGCUGUUAAGUAAGACGUAAGAGCUGCUAAGUUUUACUUAACCAAAAAUGCUUGUGUGAAGGCUUAAUUAAAAUCUCAAGUAAUCUCAUUAAACUCGGAAAGUUGAAACGAUUCAAGAAAGUUUCAAGUGACCUGCAACCAUCCUUAAAACCAACUUAUCGAACUUGCAGUUUCUAAGCUUUGAGAAGGUGAAGCAUGUCAAUCAAUCUUAUUUAUGUUGCGUGGGAAAGCAGGCUUAAGUAAAACUGAAGUAAUAAAGAAAGGUUGUGUGUGAAGCUUUCUUUUGCUUGAAGAAUUUAAAAUAUAUUUCUUAGCUUAUUUAGGCUCUAGUGAAAAGACUACUAAUGAAUUAAAAACACACCUUAACCUCAUAAGCAACCACCCCAUUUUCCAGCUUACAAGAUUUAGCAAGAAUCAGUGGCCGCUUUCAGGAGGGAGUAAAAACCCUUGAAAGCAGAGGUCCACUCAACAUGUAAAUAAAACCGACUGAUUCUUUCUUGCCGAAUCUGUAAUAUAGAGACGUUAAUACCAGAUGUCACUUGAAGUGGGAAUUAAAACAAAACUGAAUGUUUACCUGCCAACUCUCACGCCUUAGGCGUGAGUCUCACGCCUGCGGGUUGAAAACUUCGAUCUCACACCGGCUCUCGCCUGCGGGCCAAUUUCUCACGCCUGAUUGAAAAAUGUGAGUUGUUGCCGUCCUGCUUGACACAAUUUCCAAAAAUACGUUAACUCAGACCCAUGUAAGGAAUGAAAACCAUGUGUAAAAUUAAUAAAUGGCAAUACCUUCCUCGCGAUCUCUGAUUUUUGAAGUGAAAAGCACUGGGAGCGAGCUCGCCUUUGGCAGACUUCGGCAGACUUCGGACGUCUUCGGAAGACUUCGGACGUCUUCGGAAGACUUCGGACUUCUUUGGGAAUCUUCGGAAAUGAUCGUGUCGUCUCCAAAAAUCCCAGCACUCCCAGGAUAAAAAUCUCACGCUUAUAUCUUAGAAAAAGUUGGCAGGUAUAUGAAUGCAAGGCUGGCUAUACAGCAAAGGGGUGAUUUAUUUGAGACCAAUACUUCGGCUAACAAAAUUAGCCUUCCUCAGGGCCAGAGCUACAUUAAAAAAGAAUCAGUCAGAGCAUCUGGAAGGUUGAAGAAAUUUUAUUUUAUACAAAUUCUGUAUUAUGAUAUGGACAGUGCCAUCUUUACACUAUGGCAUUGUCUACAGUUUACUGGAUACUAUGCCAAAGAUUGGCACAGAAACCUACAAGAUAUACAUUGGUAGGGCACAGCCUCACUCUGUUACAGAAACCAUGCCAAACAACAAAAGCAACAAAAGCUAUUGAGGCUGCUAUCCACCACGGCAAUAGCAUCCUUCUCUAUUGGCAUAAUUUUCUUAUCAUACUUAGCGUUAUUCAACAGUUUUUAAAUACAGUCAAACUUCCAUGUCCUCUUGUAUGCGACUACCUCCCAUAAACGACCGCCAAUCCAAAACACCAAAAUUUUUCCAGUCAAAGCCUUGCAGUUGGAACCUCUAUUAAACAACCAUGUCCUGUAAGUAACUGUGACCACUUUUUGGGCCUGACAGUUAAUGAUUUUCCAUUAUUUUUAACCUCUUGUAAGGGGCGACCACUUGAGGCAUUCUCUGGUCUCUAUUAAUUCUCACUGUGUGCACUAUGCUACUUAGAACAUACGAAUAUGCGAAUUUUGUAACAACAUGGAACUACACAUGUCAUAACUUAGGCAUUGCAUGCAAUAAAUAAUCUUCCAUAAAGUAAAUGUGCCUGGACCUCUUCUCGGAAAAUCCCCUUUGUGGUUCGAUUCUUGUAAACAACCACAUCCUGUAAAUGACCACUCAGUCUUUGCAUUUUGAGUUGUUGCUUUUGGGAGGUUCAACUGCAUGUAACUUGGAGGUACUCUUAAAAAGGUUUAUCAAUUCAUUUAUAAUAUGGGUAGGAUGAAGGUAGUCAUUGUUUUUUAAUGAAAUCUCAAGGAUGCAUUACAGUUUUGUUGUUGAAGGCAAAUUUUGAUUGUUUUUGAAAAUUAGGAGGUAGGGAACUACAGACUUUGGAGCCAAUAAGUUGUUUUCUAACUUAGAGCUAUGAUAUUAGCACUAUCAAAAAAGAUAUCAUGCAAAUUGUUAUGUCCUUGAUGCCUAGAAAGGGCAUACCAUGAACUGCCACUUAUUUCAUAGCCCCAAGAACGAAUUAUAAAUCUAAAACACCCAGCUGUAAGCCAGGACCCAUUUGUUAACUACAGUAAAACCUUAGUAACAGUUUCCUUCUCCAGGAAAAUGUAUGUUAAUGCAUUUUCGUUAAACAGGCAAAAAGUAAUGGCUGAUAAACAGCACUUCGAAGCGUUUUAAUAGUUUGAUUAACACUUUUAACGGGUGGGCAAAUAUUUCUAAUGGCUUUGGAAAGCAGUCAAACGGAUUGCCUUGAUUUUCCAAACGGUUUCUUUAACGGGUUGACUAAACAACAUACACGUCUUACAUGAUCAAAGUUUUUAACAACUUAUUGUUGUCUGGGUUUUAAAUGGCUGCUAUCAAUCUCUCCUCAUGUCUUCAUCACAUUAUGGUUGAAAUGGUCAUGGAAAUCGCCUUUCAUUUAAACCAGGCAAAUGUUUCGAAGCACUUGUUUGACAAGAUGUGAUGGAUUGUGUACACAUUUCUUGACAUCUUUCAUUUGUUUUAGACCUUCCCUUGUUGAGUAAUAUUUUAAUUGUGAGCCCUGUUUUUGUUGGACAUUAACAGUUUGGGACUGAAUUUCUGUUCUUAGCUAACUUAUCAUUCAAGCCCAGGAUGUUUAAAUGUUGGCAGAGUAAGAGAAAAAUUUUCCUAUCCACUUGUCCUUUGGACCAGCACUAUAUUAAAUUUGGUUGUCCAAAACCCAAGAGUUCUUCAUGUCCAAAAAGUUUAGUUCGAAACUUAAAAACAAUCAGGCAUUUAAUGUUUUUAAUUUCACUAUUACCUUUGUAAAUUGUUUUUGACUUAAAGCUAAAAUGGAGCUGGUAAAAACAAAUGAAAUGACCAUGGAAAUAUAUUUUUUAAAAACUCUUGGCUAUAAGCCGAGAACCCUCUUGGGCUCAAAUUUCACUUUUAAGUGAAAUUAAAGGUAAAGUUUUAAUUGUGUAAAGCUCGCUCUGCUUAUAGCUGAAUAAAUGCAGUAAAUUAAAAAAAACAGUAAAUACAGAACACAUAUUUUGAUCAGCACUGCUAUAGCUUUGUUAAAAAUGCUUUUUCUAUAGUACUCAGGUGAUAAACGUCCUCAGAGGCCCUUUGGUGAACAAGCAUGACAAUGCAAGACAUUAUGUUUGUGUAAUGACUGAACUUAUGGCCACAGUUUCUUAUUGAACAGGAGCUCUGCUUUUAGGCUUGCCUAAAUCUAGUAUAUUAAAUUUCAGCGUAGGUAAAAAAUUUACCAGAUGUUCAUCAGGAGUAGGGUUUAAAAACGCAUGUUAGAAUUUGGAUGUGCAUUGGUCAUGUGAAUUCUGGACACAGUAACCACUGUAAUGUUCAGUGUACAUGUACCCUUGGACUGUUCUCACUCUCUACAUUACAUUUCAUGUUGCAGCUUGAACGAAGUCAAUUUGAACAAACAGUAAACCACAUUAACGGCAUCUUCGAUGAAGCUGAAAGAGUUGGUGCACGAACAUACCUUGAAGGCUUUUUGGGCUGCAUAACAGCAUACCUUAUUUUCACGUGUAUCCAGACACAGUAUAACAAGGUAACAAUCACUGCGACGAUCAUUUCUUCAUUUUCAUUUCAUUUCCAGGGCUGCAAAUAACGGCCGGUCAACGGACAAUGUCCGGCCUGAUCGCGGACUUGACCGGUCAAACUCCGGUCUUGCCGGUCAUUUUGACCGGUCAUUUUUGGAUACAAACACUUUAUUUUCCAUACAGUUGUCGCUUAAUGCUCUAUAACGCUGCAAUGAUUUCUUUUUUCUUUGGCGUUUUUCGCUGCUUUGCACUAAACCCUUCUAAGAAAAAGAACGCCGCAAUAAAUUAAUUUCAUGUCGUCAUGUCGUAAUCUAACGCCGCAAAGUGAAUAACAAACUGAGUUGGAAAGUAACCCAACGUUGCAAGUCGUACUGUACUUUCGGCUUUGCUGUAAUCAGCAAUGUGACCUUCUUUGGGAAUUCGAAGGAAUUCAGGCAAAUCGAUCGCAAUUCUCAACAGGUCGUCCUGUGUUUCUCCGAGAAUAAAUGUUAGCGCAUCGAUUAAUAAUAAUUUCUUUUAUGUCGAACAUGAAUCUCGUUUGCAGACUCGAUUCCAGAAUGGUCUGAUAAAAAUUUAAACUACUCAAGAGGGAAGGUCGUCGUCUAUCGCGGCGCUAGAUUCUCGUUCUUGUAAACAACUUUAUGCAAAUUUCUGUUGACAUUUGAGCCCUUCGCGAUAAAAUGUUGCGCGAUGACCCAAAUUUAUUAACUGACUUCUGAUCAUCAACACGCUGUUUGUGGAACAAACUUCUCGCCAAUGCAAAUCAACUUCUUUGCCGAAAAUAUCAGCGACGAUUCUUCUUUGAAGAAGUGACUUUCGAUCACGUGCCAGGCAAGGAAAAAGAUCAAGUUUCACCGAUGUUCAUUUCGGAACAUCACCGUAAAACAAGCGUGUGCAGAUUUUGUAAAAUAACCCAAUUUUUUUUUUUUUUUUUUUUCGUAAUUUCUAAAGUUUGCUGAACUGUAUGUGUAUUCCGUUUCCUGAACUUUGGGAGUUUGAAAAGGAUUUACGCUUCACUUUUUACCUCUAGACUUCAGACACCGUCAUGCAAUGAUACUCAAGGUAGAACGUAACUUAAAACGAGGAAACUCUACAACGUGCGAAUGCAUUUUUCACUAAUUUGCUGUCAAAAAUGUGAACGUCAAUGUAGUAAUAACGAUCUAUUGCCAGCAUAAUUGGAUAUUCCUUAGGCAAAAAAAAAUUAUUAGUAUUCAUUAUUUGACCGGCCAGAAUCGGGGUUUGUCCGGGCUAAAAAAUAUUUGGCCGGUCAUCAUGACCGGCAACCUGUUGUCUGUUAUUUGCAGCCCUGAUUUCCGCAGUUCAUAUAUGAUUUAUUUUAUAUAUCAUUAACACUCAUUUCUUUCACGGGAACAUAUGAACCCGCCACGAUUGACCUGCUCCCAACGUCAGUGGCUUCAUAGCUCAGUUGAUAGAGCAUCGCACCGGUAUUGCGAGGUCACGGGUUCAAACCCCAUUGAAGUUCUGAAUUUUUUUUUUGUAGGCUUCUUUACGCAAUUGCAUAAAUUGCGUUCACUGCGACGAUCAUUUCUUCAUUUUCAUUUCAUUUCCGCAGUUCAUAUAUGAUUUAUUUCAUAUAUCAUUAACACUCAUUUCUUUCACGGGAACAUAUGAACCCACAAUUGACCUGCUCCCAAUGUCAGUGGCUUCAUAGCUCAGUUGGUAGAGCAUCGCACCGGUAUCGCGAGGUCACAGGUUCAAACCCCGUUGAAGUCCUCAAUUUUUUUUUUUCAGGCUUCUUUACACAAUUUCAUAAAUUGCGUUCACUGCGACGAUCAUUUCUUCAUUUUCAACACUCAAGCAAUAACAAAAGGGAGCUUAGGAAAUUCUGACAUCAAUAGCAAGGAGAACAUCAAGAUAUAGAUGUUCAAAAGCUCUAUUCAGAGGAUGACUUGAUUAGUUUUCUUAAUACAUAUACUUAUCUAAUGGAUGGUGGUUUAUCCAGUGUGUAAUACUAUCCAACAUUUGAACAACCAGGACAAGAAGGAGAGGCUUAAAAAAGGGAGUUGCUGAUAAGAAAAAUUACGUAACAUAUGAAAAGCUAAAACAUGUUUUUUCUUCCCUUGCAGUGUUUGAAAAGACUAGCAGAAUAUGUAAAUGAGCAGAACCAAAGUGUGUUUGUUCCGCGAGGACUGAUGAUAGUUAACCCUAUGGAGAGAGGACUUCGAGUUGUAUCCUUUCAUGAAUUUUAUUCAGUUUCUACUGCCUGUAUAGCCACUGAAUUCCUUUUUAUCUGA